UCUUAAAGAAACAAAUAUUUUAUUAAGCAUAGUUGGUCAAAGUGAAAAAGUAAAUUCAAAUAAAGGUGGUCGAAUUAUUAUUCAAUUUCUUUUAGUGGAAGAUGUGUUGGAUCUGUAUGAGCCAAUUAAAAUCAUUAUUAAGCAGAGCAGGAGGCUUUCUACUCGGAUCUGCUCUCUCCGCGUCUGCUCUAAACGCGCCGUCUCUAGCCUCCUCCUCCUCCUCCACGUCUUCUUCUUCUUCAUCCUCCUCCGCCGUCAUGGAAACUCACAAAACCAAGGUCUGCAUCGUCGGAAGCGGUCCCGCAGCACACACGGCAGCGAUCUACGCAGCUAGAGCCGAGCUCAAGCCUCUCCUCUUCGAAGGAUGGAUGGCUAACGACAUCGCUCCCGGCGGCCAACUAACAACCACCACCGACGUCGAGAACUUCCCCGGCUUCCCCGAAGGCAUCCUCGGCAUCGACAUCGUCGACAAGUUCCGAAAACAAUCGGAGCGAUUCGGCACCGAGAUCUUCACGGAGACGGUCAACAAAGUCGACUUCUCCUCGAAGCCGUUUAAGCUGUUCACCGAUUCGAGAACCGUCCUCGCCUACGCCGUCAUCAUCUCCACGGGAGCCGUGGCGAAACGCCUCAGCUUCGCUGGAUCUGGUGAAGGCGCUGGUGGUUUCUGGAACCGAGGUAUCUCGGCAUGUGCUGUGUGCGACGGAGCUGCUCCGAUUUUCAGGAACAAGCCUCUGGUGGUUAUCGGCGGGGGAGAUUCGGCUAUGGAGGAAGCCAACUUUCUCACAAAGUACGGUUCCAAGGUUUAUAUAAUCCACAGGAGAGAUACGUUUAGAGCGUCUAAGAUCAUGCAGCAGAGAGCGUUGUCGAACCCUAAGAUUGAAGUGAUUUGGAACUCUUCUGUGGUCGAGGCGUAUGGAGAUGAGAGCGGGAAAGGCGUUCUUGGAGGGUUGAAGGUGAAGAAUGUUGUUACUGGUGAUGUUUCUGAUUUGAAGGUGUCUGGUUUGUUCUUUGCGAUUGGGCAUGAGCCGGCGACGAAGUUCUUAGAUGGGCAGCUUGAGCUUGAUGAGGAUGGUUAUGUGGUGACUAAGCCUGGUACAACUAAGACGAGUGUUGUUGGUGUGUUUGCUGCUGGAGAUGUUCAAGAUAAGAAGUAUAGGCAGGCCAUCACAGCUGCAGGAACUGGGUGUAUGGCAGCCUUGGACGCAGAGCAUUACUUACAGGAGAUUGGAUCUCAGGAGGGUAAAAGUGAUUAGAGAAGAUGUAGGAGAAGGACCCAUUUAUAAUUUGCUCUCUCUCUCUUCCCCCUUAUUUGCAGUACUGUCACAGAUUUAUUGGUCAAUCUUAAUGAGCGAGUUUGAGUACAAUUUAAAGAGUUUGCAGCUGAACUUGAUUCUGGAGUUUGUAACUCUUUAGUGGGUCACAGAUUUGAGCAUUCUGCUCUUGAUUUGUUUCUUCAUGUGAGUGCAUUUUAUUUGAUUUGAUUAUGUAAAACUCAGUUUGAGUUGAACCCACUGGAUUGGAGUCUCUAUAGCUCAAUAAAAACUAAAAUGGACUACUAGAUA